AAUAUUAGGUAUAAUGUAUUUUCGUGGUCGUGGAUCGCGAAUUUUGCUUAUUGAGAAUGAAUUUCGAAUGAUAAGUGUUGAGUUACAAUUAUCUCGUCAAAAAAUAUGUCGAGCAAUUUUGAUUUCUGUAUUAGAAAUAUGAAAUUCAAUUUUUAUGUAAUAUUAUUAUUUUCUGAAGUUUUGAUAGAAAUUUCAGAAUGUAUAACACAAGAAGAUAUAGAUAAGCAUUUACAGCUGGGUAAGCAAUAUCUAGCUAAUGGACAUUUAGGAGAUGCUUUAACCCAAUACCAUCUUGCUGUGGAAGGGGAUCCUAAUAAUUACCUCACAUACUUCAAAAGGGGAACGGUAUAUCUUGCUCUGGGAAAAGCUAAAAAUGCUCUAUCCGACUUGGAUCGUGUUUUAGAAAUCAAGCCAGACUUUACUGCCGCUCGGAUAAGUAGAGGAAAUAUACACCUGAAACAAGCUCAUUUUGACUUGGCACAGUUGGAUUUUUAUAAUGUGUUGAAGGCCGAUCCUUACAAUGCCGAAGCAAACAGCCUCAUACAGAAAAUUGACCCUGUAAAGGAACGGAAAAGAAAUGCCGAAUUCCAUUAUGGACGUGGUGAUUUCACUUCUGCAAUUCAUUACAUAUCAGAAGUUAUUGAAGUCUGUCCCUGGGCUCCAGAAUUGUACGAUUUUCGUUCAGAGUUGUACAUGAUGAGCGGAGAUGAAAUAUCUGCCAUAUCUGAUUUGAAAUCAGCCGCGAAGCUUCAAAGUGAUGAUACUGACGGUUACUACAAACUCGCACAGUUGUUAUAUAAAGUGGGGCAAGCUACCGAAGCUUUGAAAUCCGUCAGAGAGUGCUUGAAGCUAGAUCCGGAACAUAAAGACUGUUUUCCGUUCUAUAAAAAAGUAAAGAAAAUAGAAAAACUGUUGGUCGAUGCCGAGAACGCGAUGGAAAGCAACGAUUAUACGAGAUGUAUAGAAGCAGCCAACAAGGUUUUGACGAACGAAAAAGAAAACCCAAAUAUAAUUUUUGAGAGUAAAAAAAUAUUAUGUACAUGUUAUAGUAAUGAUGAACAAAGUUCAGAAGCCAUAAAAAUGUGUACAGAAGCUCUAAAUUAUAACGAAGAUCCAAAUAUUUACUGUGAUAGAGCAGAAGCUUACCUACAAACUGAACUUUACGAUGAUGCAAUUCGCGAUUAUCGUUCCGCUUUAGAAAUAAAUUCUCAUUUGGAUAGAGCUAAAGAGGGGCUCAACAAGGCGGAAAAGCGGCAAAAACAAGCAGAACAAAGAGACUAUUAUAAGAUAUUGGAAGUUAAGAGAACCGCGAGCAAAAAAGAAAUCGUCAAAGCUUAUAGGAAAAUGGCGCAGAAGUGGCAUCCGGAUAAUUAUCAGAACGAUGAGAAAAUGAAGAAGAUUGCUGAAAAAAAAUUCAUCGACAUAGCUGCUGCCAAAGAAGUGUUAACAGAUGAAGAAAAAAGAAAACAGUUUGAUAACGGUGAAGAUCCGUUAGAUCCAGAGUCAGGUAGAGGAGGAAUGCCGAACUUUCACCAUUUCCAAAGUUUUCACGGUAGUCCAUUCCAAUUCAAAUUCCAUUUCAAUUGAAAAUUGUUAUUUCUUUAAGACCCUAUUUAAUUGGCAAAAACAUAAAUAAUUUGGUACAUAA